CGUCAUAUUGCUUGGAGACUGGCUUGACCGCAGUUACGCAGCGCAGUCGACUGCGGAGACGCAAGCAACCGGGACCGACCGGCAGCAAAGCCGAUGAAUCACCUCAAGGGAAAUGUCUAUUGAAUGCCGAGAUGAUAACUGCGUUGUUCCCGGUGAAGAAACUGCGGAGGAAUGGUAAAUGUGUGCUGUUGGGGGCUAUUCUGCUGGUCGCAGUGGUGGCCGUCGUGUCCAACGUGCGGAGAGAAGUCACCGUUCUUGCAGGUUCCAUUUCUGAUGUCGGCACUGGCUGGAAGAACGUCCUGUUCGGUCAAACGCUAAGCCCGGGAAUAGUAAGAGAAAAUGUUAACGCAAGCCAUCCGCUGGAGGAUUCUGGAUUUAUGAAGGCAGUCUGGAAACCAGAGUAUCAAGGCCGGGCCAAUUUGCACGUGUUUGAGGACUGGUGCGGCAGCUCCACGGACAGGCUCCGCCACAACCUCCACUACCCGCUGUACCCUCACUCCAGGAUUACAGUCAACAAGCUCGCCGUCUCCCCACAGUGGACCAACUACGGGCUCAGGAUCUUCGGUUAUUUACAUCCUUACACCGAUGGGGAGUUUGUAUUCGCCCUGAGCUCCGACGAUAACUCGGAAUUCUGGCUCAGCACGGAUGAGUCUCCCUCCAAUCUGCAGUUACUUGCAUGGGUUGGAAAGACCGGAUCUGAGUGGACAGCUCCAGGCGAGUUUGAGAAGUAUAGCAGUCAGAUCUCCAACGCAACUCAGCUUUCUGCUCAUCGGAGGUACUUUUUCGAAGUGAUUCACAAGCAGAAUGACAAAGGCAAUGACCAUGUGGAAGUGGCUUGGACGCUGUUGAAUGAGGACUUCAAGUUUCUGGUCAUUGAGUCCAAGUACAUCUCUCUGUAUGUUAAUGAGUCGGCACUGCGUAUGGACGACGUUGCGCACAUACCGCAGACAGUUCCGAGCCACCCACGCAACGUUUCGCAGAAGCACAACACCCCCACCGUCGACCUGCUGAGGGAAGACCCGCGAGACACUUUCGACCGAGUGCCUUUGCUAGACAACAGCUUCCUCCAAGGUCUUCUGCCCGACUGCUCGUACAAGCCCAGCUAUAUCAUCAAUUUCCCUCUCAAACGUUACCAAGGAAUCCAUUAUGUCCACAGGUCCUACGUAUAUCCCAAUGACUACACCCGACUGACGCACAUGGAGGGAUUGAACAGCUGCUUUUACGAAUCCAGCAACAAGACGAUGUUUGACUUUUCUCGAUUCAUGAAACUAGAUCCACCUGAGGAUUUGGAAAAGAAAAACACAGACUACAGCUUUCAGAAGACAGUCCUAACUUGGAAUGACCCCACCGACACCAUGAAGAAAUCACCUUACAGCAGUCGUCCGAAAAUAGAGAUGGCUGCAGAAAAAAAUCUGCACAAAUCUGCAAAAGGACCAAACCUUAAAUCGCCGCUCAAUCCUCCCUCAACCAGAAAGAAACUCGUUCCGAAGCAGCUCAUCAACUCCAAAUGGACAGAUGUUAAAAUGAACAAAACCUACAUCCAGACUAUUCAAAAGUCUCUUCAACCUCUCAACAUCAAAGUUGCCAACCAGGAGAUCAGGAAAGAUACCAGAGAGAUAAAGGCUGAUACCUCAAGGGGACUGGAGGAGGAUGAGCACCACAACCCGGCCGUGUUUGACACCAAGGUGGACUGGAGUCAGACCUUCCAGAUCCGUCGCGUGGACCUGCAGUUCAUGCGCUCCGACUCGUACAGACUGCUGUGUAACGUCUUGGGAAACCGGCUGCUGCACUCCAGCGAUGCGAUGCCCGUCGCCAAAGCUUUCGUAGCGCAACUCAACAAAAAGCAUAAAGACCCUUUUACUCUUCUGCGGGUGGUUAAUGUGGAGAAGCGUUUGGACGGCGCCCAGGGGAGCCGCUAUCUCCUGGAGCUGGAGCUGAAAGACACCAAGGGCCAACUACGGCGCCUGUCGCACUACAUCUACGUGGAAAAUCGCCGCCGUCGCACUCGCCCGCCCAGCCAGGACUUGGUUUUCCAAUGGCCCGAACCUAAGCCGGUGCUCUGCAACCCGGUCGGCUUCCACUGGAACCCCAAGGCCACGGUCCAUUUCGUACUGCCGGUGAAAAACCAGGCACGCUGGGUGCAGCUUCUCAUCGACAACAUGGCCGCCUUGUUCAAGACGACGGGCGACGCCAACUUUAACCUCAUCAUCGCUGACUACAACAGCACCGAUAUGGAUGUGAGGGCGGCCCUCGAGAAGUCCUCCCUGCCCAGGUACCACUACGUGAAGCUGAGUGGUAAUUUCAAACGCUCCGCUGGUCUCCAAGCAGGCAUCGACCUGAUCACCGAUGACCACAGCAUUGUGUUUCUUUGCGACCUCCACAUCCAUUUCCCUCUCUCCAUCAUAGAUAGCAUUCGGAAACACUGCGUAGAGGGAUUCAUGGCCUUUGCGCCUAUUCUCAUGAGAUUGGACUGCGGGGCAACACCAUUGGAGGCCAGAGGUCACUGGGAGAUGCAAGGUUUUGGAUCAUUGGGCAUUUAUAAGUCUGAUCUGGACGCAGUGGGAGGAAUGAACACCAAGGAGUUCACCGAAAGCUGGGGAGGAGAAGACUGGGAGCUCCUCGACCGAAUCAUCCAGGCCGGACUAGAGGUGGAGCGGAUCCACCUGCGUAAUUUCUUCCACCACUACCACUCCAAGCGCGGCAUGUGGAACCAUCGCAUGUCGUUACGUCCGAAGCGACCCGGUCAAAAGCUACGCUAGCACCGCCCAGAGCACUUUAACAGUUGGAGUCUGCUGUUUUCCAAUUGCUGCGACUACUGAUAAGCACAACAGGGUGGUGCGGUGUGACCAGUCAAGCUCGUCGCCAUGGCGAUGGUACCGAUAACAUCGGAGUUGCUAGCACUGGAUGUACUAUUGACUGCGGAGGAGGGUACGAGCCAAUCAGGUUUAGUUUACUGGGCUAGCCUGUAAAUAAGUGUACGUCACAGAUGGCAAGUGCUCAAAUGGAUGCAACACCUUGGAUAUGUACAAAGAAGUGUCUUAUGUAUUUCACAUUAGUCAUAACUGGAAAAAAAAAAGUGUUUUUUGCAAUUUUCUGUUUUUGUCAGCAGAUGGCGGGAUGCUAUAAAUGAUAGAAAACUUGACUUGUGGGAUUUUUAAGAGUGCAUUUCAAUGUAUCUGAUGUUAACUCUGUUUGCUCAUCUCUCUUACACGUGCCUUAUUUAUAUUUGUGAUGUCUCUUGUUGACCAAAAAUGAUCUAGAUGUAAAAUGGGAGGGAUUUCUGUUUAAAAACAGCAAAACAAUUCUGGGUUUAUCCAAGUGUAGGAAAUAGUCGUAAUAUUGGUAUGAACUGAACCAUGUUUUUUUUUUAAAUGUUUUGUAUUUUCUGAUUGUACAUAGUUUUGCGAGUUAAGCUUGAAAGGUAAUGUUGGAUUGUUUCAAUUGAGUCAUGUUCUGUCAUGGGACCAACUAUUUGAUGCUUUUACUAUGGAUACAAGGAUGCACUGUAAAAGUUGCUUUUAUUUCAAUUUCGAAAUGUUGGAAGUUCCUCUUGACUUUUGUACAAUGUGAUAGUCUUCUCUCAGGAUCUGUUUUUAUUUACACUGUCUUGACACAUGUCACAAUUAAAUUUAUCAAAAAUAAA